AUGGAGAGAAAAAAGAUUGCUGUCAUGAUUCUUAUUGCUGCUCUUUUAUCUGUGAUAUCGAAGUCAAAUAGUCAAGUUAGACCAUCCCCGACAAUGCUACUCCCAACGUUUCCAACCCUGCGUCCUCUGUGCUUGUCUCAAUUCGCUCUUGUUAACCACGCGUGUUCUAUUCUUCCUUACACUCCAACGCCCCCUCCUGCUCCACCCUCUCCGGCUACGCCUGUAGAUGCCCACCCCCCGUGCCCUAAUAAAACUAGUCAUCGGCAUGGGCACCACCGCAGGCACAGUCAUAGCAGCUGUAAUUCCCAUAUCAGUGCUGCAGAGGAUGAGUGUUGCCGCUGGUUGAAAGAAGUUGAUGCUAAAUGUGUCUGUGAUUUGCUGGUACAUCUGCCUGUAUUUCUAGCCAAGCCUGCUCAUAAUUACACGGUGGUUGUUAGUGAUGACUGUAGUGUCACCUACCAGUGUCCAAGCCGGAUGCUUACUUGA